AUGCGAGCUGGGGAAGAGCUUGUUCGCAGGUACUCCAAUAAAUCUCUUUGGAACUUUCUGUGUUUUCCUUAUUACCAGAAGAAGCUUCAAGAAAGGGAUGAAUCAUUGAGGCGGACAUUAAGCGUUGACGUGCAAGCUCAGAUGGCAAGGGAUGUGAAGGAGAUCUUAAAGAAGAUGACAGACCUUCCUAUGAGCCCCUCUGAGCAAUCUGGGCUCCUGUAUGGUACUCCUGAAAAUCCAGAUUUCACUGUCGGAUUGGAUAAGCUUUUGAACCAAUUGAAGUUCGACCUGCUCAAGGGUAGUGAUCCCUUCUUAAACUUGACUGGCUUUGGAGGAUCUGGAAAAACCACUCUGGCUAAAAAGCUCUGUUGGGAUCCUGUGGUUUUAGGUACGUAAAUUCAAGAAAAACAUCUUUGCAACCUUCUCAAA